GACUGUGCUGUACCGUGUGAUGCCUGGUGCCCUCGAGGCUGCUCAGGAAGGUGACACAAGUGGCUUAGUUCAGGAAAUUUCCCUGGUUUCUUCGAAUUCACCUUCUGGUUUUCUAGAAGCUCCGGUGAUUGCUGGCUGUAUCAGCGCCAUCCUUCUCGUAUCAGCAAUAAUAAUUUGCGUUUGCGCUGUGCUUUCCAAGCGAAAAUUUAGCUGGCGAAAUAACACUACAACCGCUGGUCGAACCUCCAUAGACUGCAAAGAGAAGCCCGUGAACGGAAUAUAUUCUACAAGUGAUUACAAACGGGCUGCUUCAGCUCAAAAAAUCCAUAGCAGUCAAUUUGGGACGUCGUCAAAGAAAAAAGUGAAGAGAGGAUCCGUGGCUUCGUUAUCGACUAGAAAUGAUAAUUCGAAUUUCGAAAUUUAUCCGUACGCUACUUUCGGAACCACGCCACGCCUUGACGCGGACACUUACCAGUACGGCCUGAACCUGCGCAGCCAGACGCCGGGCUCCCGGGACUGUCUGGACACGGCGUCCGUGGAGUGGGCGAGAACUGACGUGUACCAGUCCGACGACACCGACACGUACUGUGCCACGCAGCACAACAUACCCACUGACCUUACGCCUGCCGCACGCAGCCUCGUCGACACGACCAAGCUUUGCGUAGCUGUUACGCAAGAUGACGUCAUGCAAGAAACAAAAAAUGGACCAGCCUCUACUCUUCGGCACCAUGAACAACAAGUAACAUCAAGUAAAAAUCAGGAGCAGCAUCAACCACGCUUGAUGCAACCUCUCCCUCAGACUGAUCAUCAAUAUAUUCAACACAAUCGGCCUCACCACCCCGAAGAAAUUUAUCAGAGGCGCAAACGGCUCGUGGAAAUUCAGCAUAAGAAAAAUCACUAUCACCAUAAACCGAAAAAAGAUGAUUUUGAUCAGGAAUUGUAGAAUGGUAGCUGUAAUCCCUUCUAAAUGUAAAAAACUGGUUAAUGUUUCUU